CAUGUGGUGCUUUCAAGAGUGAAAGCGGUGUCGAUUUUACUGAUUGUGCUUUUCAUUGAAAUCCUCUCGAAGUCCCUGGUUCACUGCUGCUAGCUAUGGACAGUGGUUUGUCACCAAAGAAAUCCUCAGUACUUGCUUGAAGAUUUUCUCUGUUAUAUCGUUGACCUGUUGUGGCCUAUAGCAUGCCUAAUAGUUCCAGUUCUAUGUAGCAUCGACGAUCUCGUUUUCACACAAUAAAGCACGAGAAAAAAAAACAAUGAUGGAUCAAGAGAUGGAAAGCUUUUCCAUAGCAAGACCAGCAGCAGUAGGGCGUAUGAGGCGCUCUACGUCCGUACCGGAUAUGAGAUCGCCCGAUUUCGCUUAUGCCACGACUGGCGAGGCAGCUGGAAAGCCCAAGUCCAGCUUGGCGAAGAAAGCUCUGGAUUUGUCGCCUCUAACCAUCCGACGUCCCCUGGUCACGUCCAGUGCUGCUUGCCCAACUGCAUCUGCUGCUGAUCUCGGGGCUGCAGGGAUGCGUAGGCCAGCCCCGAUCGGCCCGCGACGAAGCUUACCGGAUUCUCUACCACUAGAGCCCGUCCACUUUAACCCGAUCAUGAACCGACUGCUGAAGGAGGAAGAUCCCAGACAAGAACUGUUGCAUGAGCGGAGUGUUAUGCAGAACGCCUCGCUAUCAAAGACCUUUGAAGUUGCCAUGCCAUCUUCUCCGUCUCCCAGCAUCGAGCUGCCUCAGAGUCAGGCGCAGGUAACGUCGACACCCGGUCUCUACAGUGCGUCGCCAUCCAACUCCCUGACAACUAGCAUGUCGCCGUCCUCGCCUCGCUUUCUCCCUCGUCUCUCCAGUAGAGCACCCAGCCCGUGCCCAAGCCCAACACGGCGUUCGUUCACCAGUCGGCUGGGUCCCAGUACUCCCAUCAUCAAGACCAGUCCCCUGGACUUGAAGCGGCCUCGACGCGCAUCGUCAUCGGACGUCGAAGAACUCGUGCUGCCUCUUGCCAAGCGUCCCGUGACCACGUUUUUCACGUCCAGCCCGCGUAGCAGCGGUGCUGCCAGCCCGCUCCUGCUGAAUCUCAAUGGCCCCACCAGUCCGCGGCCGAUCACCUCCUCGUCCGGAUGGUCCUUCUCCACCGAUCAUCCUGUGGUGUCCAGCUCCGCGGCGCACGGCACAGCGUCGGCCGGCGCGAGCGAGGAAGAGAAGCGCUGGUGCCCGACCACUCUCGACUGUCCGUCGCCCAUGGACAUGAGUAUAGGUGACAUGACGCGGCGCAGUGAGCCACUCGGCAUCCCCACGUUCCCGCUCACCCUGUCGCAGAUGUCGGCGUUCAGCCGUGACGAGAGCCAGGGCUCGCCGAUGUGCCUAUCUGAUUCCGAGAGUAUGUGGGGCAUCGCCUCACCCAAGAGUACCUCCGAUAACCAACAAUCGCAGCCUCAGGAGCAGCAGCAGCAACAACAACCAUCACAACCGCCCCAUCGAAGCCUGAUGCCGCCAGUGAUGAGUCCGCCCACAUCCGCGCCGCCGAUCCUGACGCCAAACGGUCUCUUCUUGGGCCGCUGAUUGCUAGCCGGGUGACUCAUAUAUAGAUGCCCUAUCGUACUGCAUCUCUCAGUCACCCCAAUGUCAUUGUCAGUGAACACUGACCAGCAACGGGUGCAUUCCGUCUUGCGGCUGGCCGGUCUUCGAAUACCAACGGGUGACGCCGGUGACUUUCCAGCCAAGCGGAGUCUAAAUGUACCUGCGCUGUUCGUGGCUGAGCAGAUCUGUGCUAGUUCGUUGCUUGUGUUUGCGAGGUCCUGUUUUUGACUUUCGUUUGUUCGUGCUUGUGCUGGUGCUGGUGCUAACGCUGUCAGUACAACUGUUGUCAACUUUGUUGUCUUUUCUAUCUUAUUGGCCUUCGUCCCCAGUGUCUAGUAGCUAUCCGUAGCGUCCGUGUGGCUGCCACUUGAUACAUCAUUAUAACGUUUCAUUACGUCUUGAAUACCCCCCCCCCCCCCCCCCCACACACACACUAGAUCUUUAACUCUGUUUUAUAGCUUGUGCUCCGCCGCUACUCGAACUAUAGAUUGUUCAGCAUGGUUAUCCUAAGACCACUCUAACACUACUGUAGUCGAGUGAGUGGUAGUUAACUCCUGGUGAGUCCCAUGUUACCCUUGGCUGGUCCGUUUUUUAUCUCUAUUCUUUCGUUUACUCUGCGCCGCUACGCCACGCCAGUAGUGGAGUAUGUUCCCGUUUCCGCCGUGCAUGUAUUUCUCCUUGGAGCUGGUGUUCUUUCCGCACCUGGCUCUCGGCUACGUAUAAGUUUUCCAUCAUGGCUUGUGGCUGCCGUAGCCUUUUGGGACUGCUUAUUACUGCCGUUCUGGAAACGGAAUGCUCA